AUGAAGGGGCAAAUAGUAUCAGAAUUUAUUGUAGACCAUGCAGUGGUCGAAAGUCUUCAACUUCAAGUUGAGUUAAAACCUUGGAGAUUAUUCUUCGACGGUUCCACUCAUAAGGAUGGAAGUGGAGUUGGGAUCAUGAUAAUUUCUCCUGAUGGAAUUCCAACAAAACUCAAAUAUAGAAUUGAAGACAUAAAACAUGUCCCUAGAAUAAAAAACCAAGAAGCUAAUGACUUAGCACAAAUAGCUUUAGGGUAUAGAAUUUCAAAAGAGAAGCUAGAGGAACUUGUCGAAGUAAGAGGAAAAGCAAUGGCUGCCAGAUUGUCUCUGACAGGUUUGGAAAGCACUCAGUUAGGAUAUGCUAACAAAGAAGAGUUUGAAGUACUGGCCAUUGAUACCUUAAUGGAUACAGAUUGGAGGAAUCCAAUUAUUAAUUAUCUCAAGGACCCUUCGAUAGAUACAGAAAGAAAAACCAAGUACAGGGCUUUAUCUUAUGUUUUGAUGGGGAAUGAAUUAUUCAAGAAAACCCCUGAAGGGAUCCUGUUGAAAUGUUUAGGAGAAAACAAGGCGUACUUAGCGUUAUCUAGUGUACAUAGUGGAGCCUGUGGAGCACACCAGGUAGGCCAUAAGAUGAAAUGGUCACUUUUUAUAUAUGGAAUGUAUUGGCCCACCAUGUUAAAAGAUUGUAUAGAGUUUGCUAAGGGUUGCCAAGAAUGUCAAGUACAUGCAGGAAUUCAACAUGCUCCUGCAAGUGAGCUUCAUGCAAUUAUCAAGCCUUGGCCUUUCAGAGGUUGGGCAUUAGAUCUAAUUGGGGAAAUUCAACCUACUUCAUCCAAAGGUCAAAGGUACAUACUUAUAGGAAUUGACUAUUUCACUAAAUGGGUCGAAGCAGUACCUUUAGUAAAUAUGGAUCAAGAAACUAUCAUCGAAUUCAUUCAAAGACAAAUAUUAUAUAGAUUUGGGAUCCCAGAAAGGAAGAAGCAAAAAAAUUGGCACAAAACUUUAGAUCAAGCACUUUGGGCUUGUCGAACCUCCCCUAAAGAAGCUACUAACACUACACCUUUCCAACUUACAUUUGGACAUGAUGCGGUAUUACCUGUCAAAAUCUACUUGCAGUCAGUGAGAAUCCAAAGACAAGGAGAAAUUCCAUCUGACCUAUAUUGGGAAAUGAUGAUGAAUGAACUGGUUGAUUUGGACGAAGAAAGGUUGCAUGCAUUAGAAGUAUUAAGAAGACAAAAGGAGAGGGUAGCAAGAGCAUACAAUAAGAGGGUCAAAGGUAAAACUUUCAUUAUGAAUGAUCUAGUUUGGAAAGUUAUAUUACCUAUGGAUCGCAAGAAUAAAACAUUAGGAAAAUGGUCUCCACAUUGGGAAGGACAGUUUCGAAUUUUAAAAGAAUUUUCAAAUAAUGCAUACGAAAUAGAAGAACAAGCAGAAGAUCGAAGAAUCUUAAAAGUAAAUGGGAAAUACUUAAAGAAGUAUAACCCAUUUGUGCAUGAAGUUAAAAUCAUAACAACGUAG